UUUCUUGUUUUCAAUAAUUGUUGUGGUACGGAGUUUCUCCGGAGAUAGAGCAUUCGACACAACCUCAUACACGUCUUCAAGAUUGACUCUAUUGAAACUUAGAAAGACACUAUAUAUCACAAGGUGAGUUUACGUGUAAGACACGUCAUAUGAGAGAAUGGGUGCCGGAGGACCGAGGCCCGGCGGAGGUAAUGGGCCGAGUAAUGGAGAUGGGUUCUUAUCUUUCGUACCCCGUAUACGCCAUACUUUUGGGCAUCAAUGAGGACGAAUACAGCUACCGGAAAUAUCAACUUUGUAUAUCAAGUCACUGACACCGUUCAGGUCUUACUCAUACAUCCGGACGGCCCCUCUCACCAGUCUCCCUGCCACCAAGGUCUCACGAAUCUCACCACCACGCGUCACUCAACACAUUAACAGCUACCACUACUCUGAGACGAUUUUUGAACAUCAUAUUUCCUUUCAUCACGCUCACCUCCAAGGAAACACACAAUGUCGCUCCCCACAGAAACGGCAGAACGCCAAGAAGACGCCUACUUCUCCUCCCAACCGCCCCCCAAAAACCUAGACGCCCACGUCGCCGCCGCCCGCUCCUUCAUCGACCACCACGCCACCUCGAGCCGGCGCAUCGUCCUCGUCACCUCGGGCGGCACCACCGUGCCCCUCGAGAAGCAGACGGUCCGCUUCAUCGACAACUUCUCCGCGGGCACCCGUGGCGCCACCUCGGCCGAGUACUUCCUCGAGGCCGGCUACGCCGUCAUCUUCUUGCACCGCCAGUUUUCGUUGCAGCCGUACUCGCGCCACUACUCCCACGCCACGGACUGUUUCCUGGAUUUCUUGGCCGAGGGCGAGGACGGCACCGUUGUUGCGAACGCGGCGCACCAGGAGCGCAUGCGGGAGGUGCUACGCAAGUAUACCGCGGCCAAGAGGGGCAAUAUGCUGCUCAUGCUGCCAUUUACGACGAUUACGGAUUAUCUGUUUGAGCUGCGCGCUAUUGCAGGGCUGUUGAGACCUCUCGGCCCGUCGGCGCUUCUCUAUCUCGCCGCCGCGGUGUCUGACUUCUUCCUGCCGCAGGACAGAAUGGCUGAGCACAAGAUCCAGUCCACCAACGCCACGGAUUCUUUCUCUGGAGCAGGAUCAGCUACAACGAAAACCACAGCCAAACCCACUAGCACCAGCACCGGCAACGGCAACGGCAACGCCUCCAACACGGAAGACGAAGAGGCCUUUGACAACUUCGACUCCACCAAGGUAGCAAAAUCCAAAUCCCUCGUCAUCGACCUCGACCCCGUCCCCAAGUUCCUCCAGAACCUCGUCGACGGCUGGGCCCCCAAGGGCAUGGUCGUCAGCUUUAAGCUCGAGACGGACCCGGCCAUCCUCGUGCACAAGGCCAAAUACUCCCUCGAGCGGUACCAGCACCACCUCGUCAUCGGCAACCUGCUGUCCACGCGCAAGUGGGAGGUCGUCUUCGUCGCGCCCGGUAGGCCGGACCGGUGGGUCCGCGUGCCGAGUAUUCAGCGUGCGUCGUCGUCGGCGGGGAGUGGGGGAACGUGGGAGGACAAGCCGCUUGACCCCAGCGCGCUGCCGGAGAGUGACCCAGAGAUCGAGAUCGAGAGCUUGAUUAUCCCUGCUGUGCAGGAUUUGCAUUCGCAGCACAUUGAGUCGUUGUAGAAGUAGAGAGACCGGGGGAUUGAGAAAUGUGUUGUGUCAGCGAGCGAGAAAGGAUUUUCAUGUUUUCUGGCAAGACUUUUUUGGGGCAAGCGUCACGUAUAUAACGGCAUAGCGCGCAUCAAAUGGUAAUGAAAAAAAAAGCAUAUCAAGUACAAU